AUGGCGGGUGCGAGACCGCUCCUAUUUCUGUACCCACAGCUGCUGCGGGCGGCUGCCCGGUCGCCGUACUCGUCGGCGACGGGACCGCGGACCUGGGACGCCGCGACCGCGGCUGCGACGGCGCGCGCCGGCAGGGCCAAGAGCUCGUUCGCGCCGCGGCACGGCAAGGGCGUGGAGCCGGCCGCCUGGGAGCAGAAGCAAAAGGGCGCGCAGGAGCUGGAGCAGGAGGCCAUCAUGAUGCCGCCGCCGCCGCCGCCUCCGCCGUCGCAACCACAAUCAGCACAGCCGGCCGCGAAGGAGGCUGAUGCGGCGGCGGCGGCGACGACGACGACGACGACGUCGAAUGCGACCGGCGCUGCGAGCACGGACGCAGCAGAGGCGAAAGGCGGCCGUGAACAGCAGCAGCAGGCUCCCGUGGCGCCGGAGCUGGAGAUCAGGGACGGCACGGCGGCCAAGGCAAAGGCGGGCGCCGAGGCGAGCAAGAGUAGCGCGACCGAAGCGGGCAAGACGGACGCCGAGGAGGGCGCUGCCCAACCACCGCAACAGCAGCAGCAGCAACAACCACAGCAACAGGCCAAGGGGAAAGAGGGCGACGAAAAGGGCCCGCGGCCGUCGGGCCCCCUCGACGAGGUGCUGCUGAUGCAGGCGCCGGAGCACACGCCGCCGCAGCACCCGCACAUGUCGCCGCCGCCGUACGUGCACCACUUUGACAGCUACUCGCUGGUCAAGCAGCUGCAGGAGGGCGGUUACUCGCAGGAGCAGGCGACGACGGCCAUGAAGGCGAUCCGGACGCUGCUGGCGCAGAACCUCGACGUGGCGCAGAAGAGCCUCGUGAGCAAGAGAGACGUAUCUCUUCACGGCAGCUUGCUCGGAGCUGGGCACCGAGAUCAAGAACAACAGGAGGCUGCAGGACGAGCAGAUGCGCCAGCAGAGGACGCACCUGCAGCACGAGGUGGACAUCUUGACGCAGUCGCUCAACCAGGAGCUGCUGACGCUGACGGACAAUGUGCGCGGCAUGUUCAACGACCGCAAGAUGGCGGUGCGCGAGGAGCAAAAGGCGGUCGACAGCGCGGUAAAUCCAAAAGAUCACGUACAAGAUGA